GGGGCUGCCGGGCGAGUCGACGCGUGAACAGAUAGACCUGCGGACCGGACAGCCGCGGCCGUAGGCACUUCUAGCCCCGCCUAACCCCUGAUGCGCGGGGGGACGCAACCCCUCUCGCUGGGGGAUGCUGCGGGAUUCUUGGCGCCGGGCAUCCGGGGCGCCCGCUAAACCCCUGUGCCUAUCCUGUGCCCCUGGGGAAGCGAAGUCCGGCCGCAGGGAGAGAAGCGGCCGCCGAGACGCUGCAGGGUGCCGGGCGGGGAGGGGGCUGGAGGCCCCAGGCCCGAGGGCAUGGAGCGGUUAGGGGAGAAAGCCAGUCGCCUGCUGGAGAAGUUAAGACUCUCGGACUCCGGCAGCGCCAAGUUCGGCCGCAGAAAGGGUGAAUCUAGCAGGUCUGGGUCUGAUGGGACCCCCGGGCCGGGCAAAGGGCGCCUGAGUGGGUUGGGGGGACCUAGGAAAUCAGGGCCCCGUGGAGCUACUGGGGGACCUGGGGAUGAGCCGUUGGAGCCAGCCCGGGAGCAAGGCCCCCUGGACGCUGAGCGGAACCCUCGCGGCUGCUUUGAGGCGCCGCGCUACGAAGGCUCCUUUCCCGGGGGGCAGCCUCCCACCCGGGCCUUGCCUCUACCUCAGUCAUUGCCCCCCGACUUUCGGCUGGAGACGGCCCCAGCCCUAAGCCCCCGCUCCAGUUUCGCCAGUAGCUCAGCCAGCGACGCGAGCAAGCCGUCCAGCCCCCGGGGCAGUCUGCUGCUGGAUGGGGCGGGGGCUGGUGGAGCCGGAGGUAGCCGACCCUGCAGCAACCGUACCAGCGGCAUCAGCAUGGGCUACGACCAGCGCCACGGCAGCCCCCUGCCCGCCGGGCCAUGCCUGUUUGGCCCACCUCUGGCCGGGGUUCCGGCGGGCUAUUCCUCUGGAGGGGUGCCGUCCGCCUACCCCGAGCUCCACGCUGCCCUGGACCGACUGUGCGCUCAUCGGCCCGCGGGGUUCGGCUGCCAGGAAAGCCGCCACUCGUAUCCCCCAGCUCUGGGCAGCCCGGGAGCUCUAGCUGGGGCCGGAGUGGGAGCGGCAGGGCCCUUGGAGAGACGAGGGGCGCAACCCGGACGACACUCGGUGACUGGCUAUGGGGACUGCGCCGCGGGCGCCCGAUACCAAGAUGAACUAACAGCGUUGCUGCGCCUGACGGUGGGCACAGGUGGGCGAGAAGCCGGCGCCCACGGGGAACCCUCGGGGAUUGAGCCGUCAGGUCUCGAGGAGCCGCCAGGUGCGUUCGUUCCAGAGGCCGCCCGGGCCCGGAUGCGGGAGCCGGAGUCCAGAGAGGACUACUUUGGCACCUGUAUCAAGUGCAACAAAGGCAUCUAUGGGCAGAGCAACGCCUGCCAGGCCCUGGACAGCCUCUACCAUACCCAGUGCUUUGUCUGCUGCUCCUGUGGGCGAACUUUGCGCUGCAAGGCUUUCUACAGCGUCAACGGUUCUGUGUACUGUGAGGAAGAUUAUCUGUUUUCAGGGUUUCAGGAGGCAGCUGAGAAAUGCUGUGUCUGUGGUCACUUGAUUUUGGAGAAGAUCCUCCAGGCAAUGGGAAAGUCCUAUCACCCAGGCUGCUUCCGAUGCAUCGUUUGCAACAAGUGCCUGGACGGCAUCCCCUUCACUGUGGACUUCUCCAACCAGGUGUACUGUGUCACCGACUACCACAAGAAUUACGCUCCUAAGUGUGCGGCCUGUGGCCAACCCAUCCUCCCCUCAGAGGGCUGUGAGGACAUUGUGAGGGUGAUAUCCAUGGACCGAGAUUAUCACUUUGAGUGCUACCACUGCGAGGACUGCCGGAUGCAGCUGAGUGACGAGGAAGGCUGCUGCUGCUUCCCUCUGGAUGGGCACUUGCUCUGCCACGGCUGUCACAUGCAGCGGCUCAAUGCCCGACAGCCCCCUGCCAAUUAUUGGGUUGGCCAAAAAGUUCCUUCGGUUUUUAAGUAAAAAUAAAAGACACAUUUUUCAUUUUCACCAAGAACUUUAUUGGACAGUGUAAUCACUGUUUUGUUCCACUACCUUCUACCAUUUUUCAGGCAACUUCAUAAUUCCAUCUUCCCAAAACUUUUUAUCUUUUUGAGCAAAGAACCGUUCCAGGUGCCUUUUACAGUCUUCCAGGGAAUUGAAAUUGUUUCCAUUAAGAGAAUUUUGUAAAGACCGAAAUAAAUGGAAAUUUAAAGGUGCAUUGUCUGGUGAAUACAGCGGAUGAAUCAGAACUUCCCAGUCAAGCUGUAACAGUUUUUGCCAGGUCAUCGAAGAAACACGCGGUCUUGCGUUCUCCUGAUGGACGAUUAUGCAUUUUCUGUUGACUGAUUCCGGAUGCUUUUCAUCGAGUGCUGCUUUCAGUUGGUCUAAUUGGGAGCAGUACUUGUUGGAAUUUAUCAUUUGGUUUUCUGGAAGGAGCUCGUAGUAAAGGACUUCCAAUCCCACUAUAUACACAACAUCACCUUCUUUGGAUGAAGAUCGGCCUUUGGUGUGGUUGGUGAUGUUCAUUUUGCUUGCCCCACGGUCUCUUCCAUUCCACACUAUUGUACAGUAUCCACUUUUCAUCACCCGUCACAAUUUGUUUUAAAAACGGAACGUUUUCGUUACAUUUCAGUGGAGAAUCACCUGCAGAAAUAUGUUCAAGAACAUUUUUUUUUCGCUUAACUUAGGUGGAACCCAAACAUCAAAGCGAUUAACAUAACCAAGCUGGUGCAAAUGAUUUUCAGCGCUUGCUCUGGAUAUUUUGAGGAUGUCAGCUGUCUCCCUCGUUGAUUGUUCUCAGUUAAUGUCUUGAUUUGAUUGCUAUCAACUUCAACUGGUCUACCCAA